AUGUCCUCACAUUCGAAUCGUCGACCGGGUGCCCAUCCCACCGGCGGCGGACAGCAUCAACCUCAACCCCCGACACUCCGACCCUCUCAGCAAAUUCCGCAUCUCGUCAACGUGGCACCCAGCAUGUUUGUUCCCCUCAGAAAGGAGGACGUCGAACCACCAUCCGAAGACGAUGAGCCAAGCCAGCGGAUCGCACGUUUGAAGCGCAUCAUCGAGACCAUUGACUACCACACCGCCGCCGUCAAGGAGAACUACAUGUGGAUGUUUGAGCGGGAGAUGCGCCGGUACUCGCUUGACGCCGCCGAGCGUGAAGAGGAGUUCAAGCUUCGCGAUCUGCACCCACCGGGCCCAGCAGAGGCGGAAAUCGACGCCGUGUUCGCCAGCAUGGAGAGGCCGGCCCCCGAGGGAUUUGACUACAACGAUCCCAACAAUCCGUUCAACGUCAAACAUCUGCCGGAGCUCAACCCGCAGGAGGUCAUGCCGCGCGAUGUCUCGGUGAGGGAGAAGGCCAUGAUGGAUAUCCUGACGGUGGUGGACUCGGGCAAGAACGAAAUCGAUGGGUACCAGAAUCACAUGAAGAACUUGAGGAGCACCUACGUCGAAUUGCUGGGGAGGGAGCAGGAAAGGCUCAGACAGGCGGCGUUGAGGCCGGAGGAACGGACUCGGGUUCAAGAUGCGCCCAUGGGUUGA